AUGCGCCCCCGUCAGGUAGUUCAGACCUUCUUGAAUUACUGGCCUGCCACAGGUCCUGUACAAAGGGAGCUUAUACUGGGCACGAUUGGCGCAUAUCGCCGACCCAUCGAUAGUCGACCUGCCCUAAUCGAGGAUGUGCGUGGCCAAGAGCGAGCAUUUGCCCUGGACAUCCACGGCUUUCAGUUCAUCAAACAUGUCAGUCAGCAUGUUGCGUCCUUCGAGGAAGCUUCUGUGAAAAGAUAUAUGUACCCCGAAGCAGAGGACAUUCUCAAGAACGUAACUGGUGCGACCCGCGCCCACGUCUUUUCGCACAUCACACGCACAGCUCCCUAUGAAAGGGUAGAAGCAAUGGCUGAUUCGGCCGACCCGGACACGAAGGCGACCAGUGUGAUGGUGCCCGCGCGGCAUGUCCAUGUGGAUCAGUCAGAGCCCGGGGCUCUCGAAGUCGUAAAGGACAACAUGACUGCCCUGGAAGCUGAGCGAUUGUUCAAAACCCGUUGGGCUAUCGUCAAUAUAUGGCGCCCACUCAAGGUGGUUCCCCGGGACCCAUUGGCUGUAUCGGAUGCACGUUCCUUCCAUGAUGAUGAUCUCCUUGAGAUCUAUGGGCGGGUUCCUGGCAGGGAGAAAAACAAAGACUAUGAUGGGGCGACAAAGGGUAGUGGUUUUGGUAUGCUUUACGGCAAGUAUGCACCUGGCCAGAAGUGGUAUUAUAUGUCCGACAUGAAGCCGGACGAGGUGGUGUUGAUCAAAUGCUACGAUUCGAAGGAUGAUGGUCAGACGGCUAGAAGAACGCCUCAUACAGCCUUUGUGGAUCCGAGAACGCAGGGUGUACAGGAGGCUCGCGAGAGCCUGGAAUUGCGAUGCCUAGUAUUCUUCGAGGAUCAGCCUCUAGCCUGA